AAAGUGGAGUGAGUUGCUAUGCAACCACACACCCUCAGCGAGGUCAACGCUUGACCUGAAAGUGGAGAGGGACAGCAUAGGGCUUUUGAGGACAUUCGGAAUAAUGUAAACAGUACGGCCACUUUGUCCUGCUGGAGGUUCUAGUGAUCCUUAUCAAGCACUCUCGUGAAACACUGAAGAGACUUCCUUGUGUAUCUUGAUUUUGAAGUGAAGCAUCAAUCACAUAGGCUAGAUAUCUAGAGCGAAAUCAUCGAAAUGGCCGAAAAGAAAUUCGCUGGUGCCCCCUUUGGGACACAGACAGCAAGAUUUGAUGUUACUGGAGUUCAUCCAAAGACAAAAGUGCCAGGGAGUUUUACUCAAAUGCCGUAUGAUAAAUACUCCAUGUUGGAACUGGAGGAAAGGAAGGCUGCUCAUUAUAACUUUAAAACCCGAAAUCUUUCUAAAGACCAUGGUGCUAUCAUUGCAAAGUUUGACAAACAUAUCAGAAAUAUCCGCAAGUCAUUGAUCCAGGCCAGUCAAACCCUUCAAGAUUUUGAAACAAGUCAUUCAAAGCAAUCCUUUCGAAACUCUAAGUAUUCAAAGUCAGGAUCUUCUUUGAAUUUAUCAUCUCCCACACAACUAUCCUCAAGUAGGGUGUGUUCCGGUCUGUCAAAAAAAUCGGCGGUUGUUUCCUCACAUGGUUCUUCAAAGGAAAGCUCAAAAUUCAAUUCCCUCAGAGCCUUGGAACACUAUGAUUCUAAGUGUUUUGCUGAGUGGACAAAGAACAAGAUUCUGAUGAGCAGAAGAGCAUUACUGAUGAAUGCCCUGUUAGGACAGGACCAAACUGUCACCGGUUUUGAUUCUAGUUUCCUUGCUUGUUCAUCAGAGCUAUGUAUAAAAGAAAAGGUGCCUUCUUCUUUAGGUAACAAACGAUCAAAAAACAAAAUCUUUGUUUCAUAUGAGCAAAAUUUAACACAUGAUUCCACAUGUAGCUGUACUCUGAAACUGAAAGAUGAAGAAAUUUCCGAAAAAUCUGAUCUUACCAGUCCUGCUAAAAAAAAAAAUGGUGGUGUGAACAAUAACAGUUCUGAUUUUGAUCACAGUCUGAGCAAUCUUAAUAAAUCUGGUGGAAACAGAAAAGAGAAUGAUGCUGAACUCGAAAAUGAAAAUUUGGCAAUUUCCCAGCAGUCUGAAGAAGCAAAAAACGAGCUAAAAAGUGUGCUCUCAUCAAGUGACGCAAAGCCAAGAGGCUCGAUGGAAAAGAAGGUAUCAUUUGAAGAAAGUAUUGGAGCGUCUGAAAUGAACAGUGAAGCCGAAAUAAAAGAGGUUGUUUUGAAUAAAGAGGACGAAGACAAUUUAAAGAGUAUAAGUUUGGAAACAGGGACAGAGUCAUCAAGCUCUACAAGAAAAGACAAGGGAUUGGAAACGAAACCUGUUGAGAAAAAGUCAGACAGGAAGAAAAGUGAAACCAAGGAGCUCCAAUCUGAAGCCUCGAUUUCAAACACCCUCACUAAUGAUGACGGUGAAAGUCUUUUCCUUGACUCUGAUAUAGAAGCCUGUCCUUCAAAUGUGGGUUCCGCAGAAGGAUCUACCACCGGAACUUCAAAACCUCUCAGAAAGGCUUUAGACAGUGAAAAGGAACUCUUCACAUCAAAAGGUGAAGGUGCAGAAAGUCAAGAUAAGACUAAAGUUGAAAUGUCGACUGAUGAGGAUAGAGGUAGAUUAUUUCAAGGCUUAGCCGAAUGUAAGACCCAAAAAAAGGAGCCCAGUGAGACAUGCGAUGAAUUUUUGAAACGAAAACUUGGACCAGGCACCUAUAAUACAAUGAUUGGUGGAUUUAGUUCUUCAAAUGUUGAGUUAAAGGCCUCUGGACCAGGUUGGGCUCGUCAGAUCGAGGUAGAAAGGCUGGCUGCUCUUCCUCAUCUCCUUCACAAAGAGCAGUGGGAGGAAAACAAAAUGCUGAAAAGGAAACUGGGCCCUGGAUCUUACGAGAUCAAAGACUUUAUUCAAGCUGGUAAUGAAAAACCACGCAGUGAGAGAGGUAUCUGCAGCAAUCUGGCCCCCAGAUUUGAGAGAGGUGUUUUGAGUGCAACACCAGGCCCAGGAACCUAUGGCAUUGGUGGAGUACCACAGAGAGCACUGGAACAGAAGGACAAGAUUGCAGCCAGUACUAAAGGAAUGCUUGAUGCUGGUGACCGCAAACGUAAUUUACCUUCAGUGGGUUCAGAACUUGGCCCAGGGACCUAUAAGCACAAGACUUGCACUGAGGAGAUGCUCAACAAAGUCACCAGCCUCAAGGGCCCCUAUGAGUUGUACUCUGGUGACCGCAACAAGCCUAUUUCGGAAGGGUACUUGGCUGCUCCUAAACUUGCUGAUCUUGGCCCUGGCCAGUACGAGAUCGGAACAUUUGUUGAUGAGCUCAAGGGCCCACACAAAAAUAUACAUGGCAAAUUUGGCAAGAUGUCACAGUAUCCCGAUGUCCCCACUGAAAGACUUUUCUUGUUUUCUCAAGCACAUUAUCCCAAGAUGAAGGACUCUCCUGGACCAGGAACGUACUCCUUGCAGGAAAUGAGCAAACCACGACAUGUGAACAGUCCUGGCUUCCUGUCCUCAGCGAAGCGGGAUGACAAAAUCUCUCAGAAAUUCUUUACAAGGAACUUUAAUCCAGUUGGUGCUGGUCGUUAUGACAUCCAGAAGCUAGAGGAGGCACAGGACAUCAAUGGUCACACCAGUGUCUUCAGAUCAAAAACUGGGAAACCUAAUCUACAGAUGGCCAAAUUCCUUCAGGAGAGAAUCCGAGCAAAGGAUGUAAGUCCCCAAGACAGAGUCUUCAUCCAGCAGCCAGGGCGCCUGACACGAUCUAUAACAGUCAUGUAAUGAAGAAUCUACUGUCCCGUACCAAAACUAGUCCUUCUCGGCAGGAACAACUGACAUCGCCUGCAGCUGACCUUUUCUCUCCUCUCCAUCAAUUGUGUUACGACACUGUUAUCAGGUGCUCACCAAUUUGUCGACGUAUAUGGAGUUGUUGGAACCAUCUUGAAGCCUGUUUAUUUGUCUUGCUAUUUGAUGAAAAAAAUUACCACUAUACCUUGAAUAGAAGUAGAAGUCGUGAUAUUUGUGAUUGAAAGAGGUUUGGGUCACCUAGUGUCAGAGGUAAAUUAGCAAGAAAAUGACUAAAGUUUGGUCACUCCCAAAACAUGAGUGUCCUUGAAAACUUGCACAUUUUUGGGGGCCAUUUAUCAAAGUUUUGCAGUAAGCAGUAAACUCCACUCAGAAAUUUGUUUUUAAUGGAUGUAAAAGGUAGCCCCCCCUCAAAAAAAAAUUUAAAAAUUUAAUCGAAUUAUUUGCCAACCGGGUGGCAAAAUGUCAGUUUCUUUGAUUUCAUUAUAUUUUGACGAGCACCUGAUUUCUCCACAAUGCCACACUAUUUCUUUUAAAAACAUUUGUAAUUCCUACCAAAAAGAAA